AUGUUGACUGCACUUUUCGUGUGUGUCGGUCUGGCAAUCAAGUCACAUGCAGGUUAGAUUUUUGUCACUCAACCAAUUAAUUUCCAGGCAUUUGUUUCCAGAUACUAAUUCAUCAUCAUCAUCCUCACAAUUUAUUGUCGAAAAUGAGUUUGCCAAAUUAUCUAGGUCCUGCUUUAGCUCCAGAGAUUAUGAGUUACUAUCAGGCGAUUUUAUAAAACACGGUUCAGCAAGAUUGUUUUCUACUUCAUUGCUCGAUCUAAGUUCAAUUAGCAUAGGACAGGAAGAGUUACGUAAAACACUACAUUUUGCACCACCAACUGCAUGGAAACCAUAUAACAAUACAAGACCGAGUGAAGCAGAAUUGUCAUCUGUGGCUAACACUAACAUCGAGGCAUAUUACGAUCUAGUUGAGCCGAGAUCCUCAAUACAAAGUAUUGAUAACAUUUGGUUUUAUGAGAAAAAUGUAGCGAUUGCAGUUGCAUAUUUGGAUAGACGUUUGCCAUCAAUUCGAAAUAUUUAUAGACAUUGGUUUGAAGAGAUACUCCAAGGAUUGAUAGAAGAUCGAAAAUCAAUUGAUCGUAUGAUAGACGAGUUUCUAGCGAUUUAUGGCAAAAUUGGAAAAGCUAUUUCUGAAAUGAGAAGUAACGACGAUAAAUGCUGGAUUUAA